AUGCCAAAAAACAAGAACAAGACGAGUCAAAGCAGGCCUGUCAAGGGGAUUGAAGAACAGAGUGUGUCGAGUGUUGGAGCGUUGGUAGACCGUAGCCAUGCGGCCGAUGAAAGUAGCGAUAAUUUAUCGGCAGCGAGGACCACAUCGGUACUGAUGUCCAUGAGAUCGUUCGAAGAAAUAACUGAUCAGCACGCUCCGGAAGUAGACCCGACCGCACAGAAGAUGGCAAAGUUAACGCAUAAUAAAAAAGUGGCGAAAAGGCAACGGAUAUCAGACAAUAAGAGAACAUCAAGUCUCAUUGGAACUCUAUGUAUACUUUCAAUAGUCGCUGUGAUUGCUGCAAUAGCAUUCUUCGCCACAGGUCACUGGGAAACUGCAGCCGUCAUAUUAGCCGUGGGAUUCGCCGUGGGUGUUCCAGGAUGGUACUAUGCCUUCUAUGUUCGCCAAGGUCUGAAAGGGAAGGAUGGAUACGACCUUAGAAAAAUACCAAUGUGGCAUCAACCCGCGGACAAGCGCAAAAGUGUUGAUGGUAGUGGCGAUUCUUUAAGCGGUACAAUGGCGUAG